AUGUGGGAGGACGGGAUAGAGGUAUUUGAGGGUGAGCCCAGCUUCCCAGCCUCUGAGCUGGCAGAGGCCUCUGCGAAGCAGGCCGAGGUCCAACUUAGCAGGCGGCAGAUGCCCCAUCUCUCCCUCUCUCUUUCUUCCUCCCAGGACUCACAGAAACCCUCAGUACCCAGCCAUGGGCCGAAGACACCAUCAGGCAAAAAGGUGAAGGUUCCACACCCUCCUCUGUCUCAGUCGUGGAAGCUGGGCCACGAGCAGACUUUGGCAGCAGAUUAUGUGCCAGUGGUGGUGAACUCCGGGGGCCUGAACCUGGACAAGCUCAGGUUCAAUUUCUACACCUGCCAGUGCUUCAACGCCCUGAACCCCUUCUACACUUUGCAGAAGCCUACCUGUGGCUACCUGUACCGCCAGGACAGUGAUCACACCCGCAAGCGCUUUGAUGUGCCUCCUGCCAACAUGGUUUUGUGGCGCUCCUAG